AUGUCCAUCAGCGUGGAUCUGAAGAGGAUCUCCAACCUGCCUGGUCGAUAUGACAGAAAGGUGGAACUCAGCUUCAGAGGUUUCACCCACAAAACCAGAGUCCUGCAGUGUGAGAACGUGGCCAUCUUCAAUGAGCAUUUCCGCUGGCCGCACUACGGAAAAGUGAUCACGGAUGAAGUUUUGUCCGUCAGUGUUUACAACUGCAGCAGGGUCUUCUCCAACAGGCUGCUCGGCCGGCUGGUGGUCAGCCUCCAGCACGUGGUGACCUCUGGCAGGUUGGUACUACGAGAGCCGCUGACCGACGGCAACUACAGCCUGACCGACAUCUUUGUGGAGCUCGACAUCCGGUUCCACCCGGUGGAGGGGGCGGCCGGACGCUGGGACGGACAGGACUUUCUGAGGGUCGAAGACAACGAUGAAUCGGCUCUGGUCAUCAGGAAUCAGGCGUUUGAUGACCUCGAGAGCGGCCAAAUCGCUCCUCGCACGGAUCAGUUGGAGAGAGAAGUACGUCAUCUGGGUCAAAGUCUGGUCCGGACCGGGGAUGAAGACGAGGAUGAUGAUGAUUAUGAUGAUGACCUGUUAGAUUUGGAGGCUUCCAACAUUGUGUUUACGACACUUCUAAGCCGUUGCAGGCCGCCAUCCAGAAGCGCUGUUGCUGCAGUCCCCAGAGUCAAGAGUUUCCAGCUGCAGAUCGGCAGCAGGCCUCAGCCGUCGUGCCUGGACAUGAGUGAACUAAACUGUGUGACGCAGGUGAACGUGAACAUCCUCGAGGCUCAGAAGCUUGUCGGUGUGAACAUCAACCCUGCGGUCUUCGUCAUAGUGGGAGGUCAGAAAAAGCACACGGCGACGCAGAAAUCCACCAACUGCCCGUUCUACAACGAGAACUUCCAGUUUGAGUUUUUGGAGGCUCCCCAGAACGUCUUUGAUAAAGUAAUAGAGAUAAAGGUCACGGCCAGUGAGAUGACCUGCGAUGCUGUGUCCUAUCAGGUUUUCCACAGGCGGACUCUGGCCUUUCUCAUGACCCACAUCGGAACCUUUAAGGUCGACCUCUCCACUGUGUACAUCCAGCCAGACCACCGCUUCUACCAGAAGUGGGCUCCUCUCACCGACCCUGCAGACACCAGGUCCGGGGUGAAGGGUUACGUCAAGGCCAGCCUCAGCGUGCUGAUGAAGGGAGAUGCUCUGCGCAUGCCUGGCCUGCCAGCGGCCUCCUCCUCCGGAGGCAGCGAGGACAUAGAAAAAAACCUGCUGCUUCCUCGUGGUAUGCCCUCUGAACGUCCAUGGGCUCGGUUCAGAAUCCGGAUCUACCGGGCCGAGGGCCUGCCCACCAUGGAGGCCGGGCUUAUGGCAAAGAUGUCUGUGACAGACCGGGCCGUGUUCAUUGACCCUUACGUCCAGGUGACCUUCGCUGGACAGCAGGGGGAAACUUCAGUUGCCAGCGCCACAAACUGCCCAGUUUGGAACGAGGAGAUCUCCUUCAUUGAGCAGUUUCCUCCCUUGGCUCAGAGAAUCAAAGUCCAGAUACUCGAUGAUGCCAAGAUGGGAGACAUCGCCCUGGCAACGCACUUCCUUGACCUGCAGCAGAUUUCUGACCCCACCAGGAAUGGCUUUAACCCCACUUUUGGUCCAAGCUGGGUUAAUCUUUAUGGUUCUCCUCAGAACUCGACACUUGGUGACGUCCACCAGGCACUAAAUGAGGGUUUGGGGGAGGGAAUCUUCUAUCGAGGGAGAAUCCUGCUCGCUCUCUGCAUGGAGGUUUACUCUUCUCCCUCUGCUGUCUCCACGGAUACAGGCUCUGCUGCCAUGGCAAAGGUGAAAGGAACGCUGGGAAAGUUUGGACUAAAGAAGAGGAAGAGCAGCAAGAAGAAAAAGAGAGAGGAGGCCUCUCCAGCUGCCAGCGGACCGGCUGAUGACUCGGGGGAGGCAGGCAUUGAGGUACCACAGUCUGUUACUGUGGAAGUGGAGGAGAUCCACCCUCUCCCUGAGGGUUUUUUGGGACAAAAGGAGGAGUUUCUGCUGUUUGCAACUCUGUUUGAAGUCACCAUGAUUGACCCAUCUGUAGGAACAAAACCACUCGCCUUUGAACUCUCGAUAGGAAAUUGUGGGAAGGCGGUGGGAGUUGGGAAAUCCAAAAAAAGCCAAAGCAGAGAAGAGCUGAGAAGAAGCCGGGAGGAGCUGAGGAGGAGCUGUGAAGAUCUGAAUGAGGACACACGGGGUCUCAUAGCGUCAGACGAUGAGCUGGACCGAGAGGAAGUGCAGAAUCCUGAAGCUGAGAAUAGAUCUGUGUCCGCUUCGAUGAGACCUCAGCCCACCGAGUAUGACAGUUCAUUCCAGUGUCUUCAGCUCCAGCCCCCCUCUGUCAAACCAAAGCCUUGUCUGUUUGUCUGGAGUCAGUUUGAGGAUCACACCUUCCGUCUCUAUCAAGCAAACUGGCUCAGCAAGAUGGCCGACAGGCUGGAGCUUGGUCUAGAGGAGGUGGAAAUCCUGUUGAGGAGGCCGAGGAGCAAAGCAAAGGAGCGUUUGAUUGAGGUUCUGCUGGAACUGGUGGCCUCCUGCAAACAGUUCAGUGCUUUCUCAGAGAGGAGAUCUCAGUUCCGUCCCAACAGUUUAGACAAAUGCAGAAAGGAGUUCAUCAAGAAGAGUUUGAUCCUGCUAGCCAGACAGGCGGUCAGGGCCAGGCGGAGGGUUACCAGAAAGUCUGCCAAGCAGCAGUUAAUGGAUGGCAGGAAACUGCUGAAGAAGCUGCGCCAGCUGGCCGCGGAGCCCCAGAGCACCAUCCCGGACGUUUUUCUCUGGUUGCUCAGUGGGAGCAAGCGACUGGCUUACGUCAGGAUCCCUGCUCACUCCAUCCUAUUCUCAUUGGUGGAGGAGCAAAAGGGGCGGGACUGCGGACGCAUCACCACGCUCUACAUGAAGUCACCUGGAUGUUCAGCAAGUGAGAUCUUUGCAAAGCUGGAGGUUUACCUUUGGCUUGGUACUCUCAAGUACUGUAAAGAGGUCAUCAACAGCCUGCCAGAGGAGUUCCUGCCCAUAUAUGAGGAGGAAGAGGGAGCCCAGAGGGGGCUGGUCUCAGUGGAUGAAAGAAUGCAGCUUCCCAUUAGUCUGUCCUGCCAGGGUGAGAAAGCUAAGCCCUCCCAGAGUAUUGGUCGCUUCUGGUCCUGGCCAGACAGCAGAUACUUCCAGCUCAGAUGCCACCUGUACCAGGGGCGUGGCCUGAUAGCCGCCGAUGACGACGGCCUUUCAGAUCCUUUUGCAAAGGUGGUCUUCUCUACACAGUGUCAGGGCACCAGGGUGCUGCCGGACACCCUCUCCCCCUCCUGGUGUGAGUGUUUGCUGUUCGACAGAGUUUUGCUAGAAGGAACCAAAGAGCAGAUUCAAAAAGACCCGCCCCUCAUUGUCAUCAACGUCUAUGACCAUGACACCAUGGGCAGCCCGAAACCACUUGGUCGGGCUUUUGCCCAGCCGGAGUUCAAAACUGUGGAGCAGUUCUAUGAAAAGCCGCAGCUCCGCUUCUUUGACAUCAGCAGUGGAAGACUUCCUGCAGGAGAGCUGCUGGCCACCUUCGAGCUCAUUGAACUCGACUACUCUGGAUUUGGAGAGCCAUGUGUACCCGUCAGCGUGGACCCUCAGGAGCUGACCUAUGUGGAUGAGCAGAAAUCUUACUGCAUCCCAGAGGGAGUGCGUCCUGUCCUGAAAACCUUCAGGAUCGAGGUGCUGUUCUGGGGCCUGCGGGAGCUCAAACGGGUGCAGCUUUUUGAGGUGGAUCACCCCCUGGUCAGGGUGGAGUGUGCGGGACGGCAGCUGGAGUCUGAGGAAAUCCAGAGCUACAAGACCAACCCCAACUUCAAGGAAGUGGUCCGUUAUAUUGAUGUGGAGCUGCCGGAGCAGUCCUACCUCCACCCUCCUCUCACAGUGUUUGUGGUGGAGCAUCGGUCUUUUGGACAGAUUGCUCUGGUUGGGUCCCAUGUGGUCCAGAACCUCAUGGACUAUGCCCCUCGGGACCCUGAGGGAGAAACGGAGGAGGAAGAGGAAGUGCGAAGACCAAAACCGAGACAAAGUUUGGUGAACAUUAAUCCUCUGACAUCCGUGACGAACAUUGGACUCAGCGCCCUGACGGUUGCGCAGUCCAGGAUUCCCAUCAACCCCAUCAAGAUGGUCAAUGCACCCCUGAAGAGGCUGAAAAAGAAGGGGGAGGAGCUGGAGGAGGAGGCGCCUGAGAUGGAGGAGUUGGACUGGUGGUCAAAGUACUACGCCUCACUGGAGGAGAUGGAGAAGCAGGUCGCUGAAAAAGAAGAGAUGGAUGAACAUGCAGAACUGGAUGGAACGGUUCUGACCAUGGCCAACAUCGAAGAGGAGGAAGAGGAGGCCGUGGUGGUUGAGGUCAAGCCUCCCAAACGCAAAAAAAUUGCCACAUUGAAGCUAUUUGACGGUGAUCUGGAGUCAGAGUUCAGUCAGUUUCAGGACUGGCUGAAGACAUUUCCUCUGUAUAAGGGCAGAGCAAGCUUUGAGGAAGACGACGAGGAUGACGAGGAGAGGCAGAUGGGGAAAUACAAGGGCUCCUUUUUGGUGUAUCCGAUUGAACCAGAAGAGCAAGAGGACACCACGUGUCAGAUCAUCAACGGGAUCCCCAAAAACUCACCAAUCAAAGUCUUAGUGCGCGUCUACAUCGUGAAGGCCACAAACCUGGCCCCCAAAGACCCGAACGGUAAGGCCGACCCAUACCUUGUGUUGAAGGUGGGAGAACAAAGUCUGGACUCCAAAGAUCGAUACAUCCCCAAACAGCUCAAUCCAAUAUUUGGAGAGGUGUUUGAAUUCACAGUGUCUUUCCCACUGGAGACAGAGUUGGCUGUCAUAGUGAUGGAUCACGAUCUCGUGGGAUCUGAUGAUGUUAUCGGUGAGACUCGGGUUGAUUUGGAGAACCGGUUCUACAGUCGCCACAGGGCGUCUUGCGGCUUGGCUUGCUACUACGACACGGACGGUUACAAUAAGUGGCGGGAUGCAAAGAGGCCGUCAACGAUCUUGACCGAGCUCUGCAGGAAAAACUGCAUCCCAUCUCCAGAGUAUCGAGCAUCUGAAGUCAAGGUACUCAACAAGAUCUUCAAAAUACCUCCAGAUGCUGUGCCCGAAGGUCUCCUGAAGAAGAACCAGCGGUCUCCAGCGGAGGAGGAGGAGAUGGAGGAGCACGCGGCGCUGAGUGUGCUGCAGCGCUGGGCGGAGAUGAGCGAGUUCCUCCCCGGCGCCCUUCGUCUGGUGCCGGAGCACGUGGAGGUCCGGCCUCUGCUGAACCAGGACAACCCUGGACUCCCCCAGGGUAAUCUUCACAUGUGGGUGGACAUGUUCCCCACUGAUGUUCCGGCCCCGCCCCCCGUGGACAUAAAGCCCCGCCUACCUGAACAGUACGAGCUGCGGGUCAUCAUCUGGAACACUGACGACGUGUUUCUGGACGACGUCAAUCCCUUCACCGGCGACCCGUCUUCGGACAUCUAUGUUAAAGGCUGGAUCAAAGGUCUGGAAGGAGACAAACAGGAGACUGAUGUCCACUUCAACUCUUUGACCGGGGAGGGAAACUUCAACUGGAGAUUUGUUUUCCGCUUCGACUAUCUCCCAACUGAGAAAGAGGUUGUGUACAAAAAGAAGGAGUCCAUCUUCUCUCUGGAGGAGUCAGAGUUUCGCCAGCCGGCUGCUCUCACCAUGCAGGUCUGGGACUACGACCGCAUCGCAGCAAACGACUUUCUGGGCUCCAUAGAGAUGCGCCUCGGCGACAUGGUACGGCCAGCAAAGUCGUCCAAUAAAUGCACGAUCGAGAUGGCGAAGGACCGGGCCAGCCCGCGCUUCUCCAUCUUUCGGGCCAAGAAGAUGAAGGGCUGGUGGCCGCUGGUGCGCCUGAAGACGGCGGAGGAUUUUGAGAAGGAGGAGAAAGAGAGAGAGGAGGCCAAGAAGAAGACAAAGGGGAAGAAAAAGAAGCCCAAGAACAAGAGGAGCCAACUGAGACCGGAGGACAUCCAGUACACCGACAACAUGGGCAACACUUUCCUGUUAAUGGGGAAGGUGGAGGCGGAGCUUCAGCUGGUGACUCUGGAGCAGGCCGAGGCCAACCCUGUGGGGCGGGCCCGCAAAGAGCCGGAGCCCCUGGACAAACCAAAUCGUCCAACCACCAGCUUCAACUGGUUCAUCAACCCGAUGAAAACCUUCAUCUUCCUCAUCUGGAAAAAUUACAAGAAGUACAUCAUUGCCCUGGUCAUCCUCGCCAUCCUCACACUUUUCCUCGUCCUCAUCGUCUACACGUUGCCGGAGCAGAUCAGCUCCCUUAUGGUUAAUGGAUGAACAAACCCCGCUCAGGUCCCUGCUGCUUGCCGGUCCGUCUGUAUAAAUAUGAGACGGGGUUAAGAUGACCAACUGGCUGUAAUUUGUCACUGUUUGUAGUUACAUGACCUUUAAUGUAGCAUCUGCCAUUGCUGACUGUGUUUUUUUGGAUUUAUUCUUGGCUCAUUCUAUCUUAAAUGAAAAAGCUAAACAGAUGAAUGGACUGUGCUGUAAUGUCUGUGUAUGGGUUCUUUUAAAAACUAAUUCAGAACAAGACUGCAGCGAAUCCAGUCCAGUUCUCCACGGGCAAACUAAAUAGCUUCCUCUAGCCCCACAACUUCUGAGGGGCCCCAGAGAGAUUUUUUAAAAAUAUGAGUGAUUGUUCCUGUUUUAUCAAAGGUAUAUCGUCCGAUUAAAAAAAUGUUUUAAUGUUAACAGAGAGCUGUUGUAGGCCUACUGAUUGUCUGACAAGAAAUCAAAUGACAGAAAAUGUUUUGACAACUGGUUGAUCUGGUUACUUUAUCUGAUAUUCAGCAUCCCUUUUAGUGCUUUGUCGCCUGUCAUUUUAAAUGCAA